AAGAGAGAUAACUACACCAUUUUUCGCUUAGCGUAAUCCUUGAUCCCUACUACCUGAGAAGUACAUACAGAAAACGCAACAAACAGAGCCGCCCGGUCUGUCUAAUACAAAGAGCAUGGACUCAUCAGACCCCAUUAUCGCCUCCUACGACGUCUUCCUCACCGACUCCGACAUCGAGCGCUACGUCUUCCAAUACCUCGACCGCGAAAUCGAAACUAAACACGGCAGCGGGGGUCCAUACGACCAGCGUCACGGGCAGAAACCUGUUUCCCUAAAACUCAAACCCAAGACUGGACUCGUCGAGAUUGAAGUGCCUAUAACAACCUCUGCGGGUGUCUAUGAUGUGAAUAGAGGGUUGAAAUAUGGAGAAGCUAUGAAGCAGUCACGCGUUUUGAGGGAAGGGGGUUCGUUUGGGUUGGCAGGGGGUUUUAAUACGCAACAUACAGGUGGUGGGGGUAGUAAUGGUGGGAGUCGAGUGAAGACUGAGCCUGGGGAGGGUGAUGAGAUGCAGGAUGUUAAAGGUGGGAAAAGUGGACAGACGAUUUUGAGGACGCAGACGCUUGCGGGGAGGAUGAAGGAGCCUGUGGAUGGGGAGCCGGUUUAUAUGCUUGGAGCUUUUAGAGGGUCUCAUUUCUUCCUUUCGCCAGUCUCGGCUCUGGUCCAGUUACGACCCCAGUUACAUCACAUCGAUGCCUCGGACGAAGCGUCUCGGAUACGACUUAUGCGUGGCAGGAAGGAUCUGGAUGAAGACGGAGGCCCAGUACAAGCCGAAGCUAGAGCAGUAGAUGUCAAAGUGAAAUCAGCAGAGGCUGGCGAGACUACUCCAGCGGGGAAUAUUGAGUUGUUGAAGAAGAUUCAGGAUGAUAAAUGGGAAACUUAUGAGUGGUUUGAUGCUGAGAGCGAAGAAGCAUGGGUUACGUAUGAGAAUUACAUGAUUCAUCAAGAACCCGAGGACCUGCCGCAAUUAGAGUCUGCGGUGGAUGGGGAGACUUAUUUGGAUGUCAUGAGUGCGCCGCGAGUCGAUCCUGCGCGUCCAGAGAUGACGGGUUGGGCGAUGAAGCAGAAUAGGAGGAAACAGAAGGGGUUUAUUGAUGUUGACGGUUGACCAGACCGUGUAGCGCUGAUAUUCAUCUAGGCAAUUCAAUCCCAAUAUAUAUGGCUCUGGUGGAGACACAGAGCAUCCCCCGAGC